AUGGUGAGUUUGAAGGUAGUUAGCAUCAGUCCUCUGCAAAUCAGACAAAUAUAACCUGGAUUAUAAUGCAUGUUUUUUUCAUGAGUAUGUUUUCUUAUUUGUUUCUAAUCCAGACUUCAUUGGACACCGACAUCAACCAACACUUCCAGGAUGCAAUUGAUGUGAUGCAACAGAACUCACAUAAUUCAUAUUAUGAUUCAGGUACAGUCAAAAUCUCCUCAUUUUCACUCUAAUAUUUUAAUGUUUUUGUUCAUUUUUAUCUAUUGUCCACAGUUAUUUAUGCAGUACACAUUUUUUAAAAUCUUUUUUCAGGUAAACUUUAGUUUAGUCUGGCUGUUAAAUUAAACUAAUUCACCCUUUUUUUUUUUAGAAUAUGCAUAUUAUGAGACUCUGAGCUCCUGCUGCCUCGUCACACACUCAUCUGAUGCAACAACCCCAGUGUAUGAGUGGAAUGACAUGACUGUAAGUAACAAUAAUAAUAAUAAUAAUAAUAAUAAUAAUAAUAGUUAAAUAAGUAAAAAAACUGACAAAAGUUAACUUUCUACAAAGGGUAUGACAUAGUCUGAUUACCUUUGCCUACAAAUUACAGAGUGCAAUAAUAUAAUGUAAUAUAUUAUAAUAUAAUAUAAUAUCAUUUUAUCAUAUAUUUAUUGUAUUCUGCUGAUGUCUUUGAUAAAAUAAUCAAAAAGUAAUGAUAAAUAAAUUAAAGACAAAAUAUACUUUACAAUAAAAAGUAACACAACAGUAUAUAUUAAUAAUACCAUAAAUCACACAUCACACAUGUGGAAUCAGACAUUACAAAACUGAAAGAUUAAAGUUGUGUAAUGUCAGGAAAUAUUCUAUUUUGGUUUACUAUAAGUGUUUUGAUGCAAUCUCUGAGAUUUCAAUCCAUUUUGACAACCUAGUUUGUAUUUCCAAACUAAUCUUUGGUCCAUUAAUAAUGUUUAGCAAUUCUCUCACCGGUGUUUGAUUUGAGGAUUAAAUGAAUAUCAUCAAAUGUACUUUAUUAUCUUAUCAAUUUGAGUUUCAUAUUUCUAAUAAAAGCUGCACUGCUGGACCAGUGUGGUCAGAAAUCAGGACUUCAAGGUACCUCAAAGUGCACAGUCAGUACAGUUAUAUUAAACUCUUUUUUUCCAUUUUCUUUAUUUCUCAAAAAAAAAAAAAAAAAAAAAAAAAACAUUUUGGUUAUAAACAAAAUAAGAAAAAUGUGGCACAAUUUUUGGGUUAAUUUCGGCUACAGUGAGGCAGGAAUGGAAUCUGAUUAAAUUAACUGAGUUAAAGGGACACAUAGUUUUGCUCAGGAUCCUCAGAAGCUUACAACGCUAAAACUAAAUACCAAAAUGUAUGCAAUGAUCUGAAAACACUCAUACAGACACUUUGUCAUAAACUGUUAUCUGUAUUUCUCCUUCUGCAGCAGUCUUGGCCUCAGGUCUUGCCAGAAGUCUCGCUGAGUCAUUCAGUUCAAAGUGAAAUCCCUCCGUUUUACUCAGUUUUGCCCCCCCAGAGAAGCAGCAAAGGUAAGCAGAUUUGUUUCUGUUCUUAACAUUUUCACUUCCCAUUGUGCUCUCAUCCCUAAAUCAAGUUUUUUCUUCCUCAGGCCGUAAGAAGCUGAGACUCUACGAGUAUCUCCAUGAAGCUCUGAAUGACCCCAACAUGGGCGACUCCAUCCAGUGGACAGACAGUGGCAGCGGCACCUUCCACUUCAUCUCCAAGAACAAGGAGAAGCUGGCCGAGUGCUGGGGCCAACGCAAAGGCAACCGCAAGACCAUGACCUAUCAGAAGAUGGCCAGAGCUUUGAGAAACUACAGCCGCACAGGCGAGAUCAUGAAAGUGAGACGUAAACUCACAUACCAGUUCAAUCCAGACAUCCUGCACAGGCUCGGCUCUGCACAGGUGAGCAUGCACCUGCCGGUCCAUCAUGCACAAGAGGAGGUGGGCACGUGGCCGCAGAGCCAGGUUGAUCAGAGCCUCUGUGGUCCUGCUGCCAUGGGGAGGCACAGACACAACUGUUUCAGACAGCUGCAGGAGGACUACAACCUGACCACCAGCUUCAGCACACACAGCAUCACACAGCUCUGA